AUGGCUGUAAAGAUCCUAGACCACGACGGACGUGAGGUCGAGCACGGGCGAAAGAGGCUGUCUACUGGUGUGCGUCUACAUUAUUACACAGCAGGGUCAGGACCAGCACUAUUGUUGCAGCAUGGCAUACCCAAAACAUCAUACUACUGGCGAAAAGUCGUACCACGGCUAACCAAGAACUUUACUAUCGUUGUUCCAGAUAUGAGAGGCAUUGGUGACUCAACCCACCCAGAUUCGGGUUAUGAUAUGCCCACCGUGGCUGAUGACAUUGCCGAAUUGAUGCAACAGCUGGGUCAUAACAAAUUUCAUAUAGUUGGCGAAGACUGGGGGGCAGCAGCGGCGUAUCAGGUUGCUGUUCGACACUCGGAGAGAGUGUUGAGUCUAGUAUUCCAGGAGAUGUUGCUUCCAGGCCUGGGUCUGGAGGAAUGGGCAACCUUUGAAUCUUCGAGGCCAGAAACACAUCUAUGGCACGUUGCGUUCUAUCACGUACGUGAUGUGCCGGAAUUGUUGAUCACUGGAAGGGAGAAGGAGUACUUUACCUGGUUUAUCAAGAACGAGGCUCAUGAUCCGACAUCGAUCGAUGAUGAUGCUAUUGAAGAAUACGUCAGAAGCGCAUCACAGCCUGGUGGAUUGAGAAGUAUCUUUGGUAUUUACCGAGCCACAGAGCAAAAUGUGAAGGCAAAUAAGGAGUCUGCCAAAUCAAAGCUUCAACUGCCCGUACUCGCCGUCGGCAGCAAGGAUUUCAUCGGCCAGGAAGUCGAGAAGCAGAUGAAGAAUGUUGCCAUUAAUGUUCAGUACAAGGAGCUCAAGUAUGGCCACCAACUUGCAGAAGAAUGCCCGGAUAAACUAUCCGACAUCUACCUAGAUUUCCUCAAGUCUCUGGCAACCAUCGCACGGUUUGGAAACACUACAAAAAACACGAAAGAAUACGCAGCGACCUUACGUUCGGAGAAAGAAUCGGAUUUCGAAGCAUCCAGUCACCAUGAGAGGCAAGAAAUCACGGUGAAUGCAUCUCAAAGAAGACCAUUCAGGAAAAUUCCACUCUCGGAUCUCUUACGAUCGUUUCUCGUUCUAUCAGUUGCAACCUUACCGCAACCCAUGCUCCUUGCUUUGAUCAAGGCCGUUAAAGCUCGCUCAGAUCUUCUCGACCGGAGUAGGUUGCUGAGAUGGCUAGUCCAUAACACCUUCUACAAGCACUUCUGCAUAGGUGCAAACCAGAGCGAAAUCACAUCUAACACAGCUGCGAUGCGGCAGAAAAUGGGUGUGAAUGGCGUGAUUCUGACUUACGCAAAGGAGGCAGCAGCCAGACCAGCAUCUGCUAAGUUGGGUACACUGACACCCACGGAUGAGGAUCUCAACAAUUGGGUCCAAUCAAACCUCCAGACAAUUGAUAUGCUCUUUCCGGGUGACUACAUUGCAUUGAGAGUCACGGGAGCGGGCCAAGCUUCCGUCGACCUUCUCGAGCGUUAUACCGCGGUAUGCAACUGGGAUUCAGGAUCACCAAGUACGACUCCCGAGAUCGACUCAAGUUUGAAGCAAGAACACCAACUCCUUGAAGAUUCGAUGCGACAGAUCUGCGCCAGAGCCCAAUCGAGACAGGUUCGGAUAUUGAUCGACGCUGAAGGCUCCAAAUACCAGCGUGCUAUUGAUGAGAUAUCGCUGAAUCUAAUGCCAGAAUUAAAUCCACGUAGAGAGGACAUUGGGCGAGUCACAAUUUUCAACACGUAUCAAAUGUAUCUUAAGAGCAACAUCGACAAAAUCAAGCGCCAUCUCCAGCAUUCAAUCGACCACAACUACACUCUUGGGCUAAAGCUUGUCAGAGGUGCUUACAUGUACGUUGAGCCCAGUCGUGCGAUCAUCCACGAUACGAAACAGCAAACCGACGACGCCUACGACGCAGCCGUGAGGUUCCUACUGGACAAUCAAGGCAGUGCUCCUGGAAGGCACCAGAAACAGUCCGGCGCCGCAAGUAUAGAUAUCCUGCUCGCAACCCAUAACACCCAUAGCGUCCAGGAAGCCUUGAGACAGUACAAAGCCAACACCAGAGCCAAGGAGAUGGUUCGUGGUCUCGGAUUUGCACAGCUCAUGGGCAUGGCGGACGAGCUUUCGCUUUCGCUCGCAGCACAGCUGGGGCAAACUACCCCUGAGCAAGCCCGUGAGGCUGUGAAAGACUCAAUGCCGACUUAUCCAGAACUCAGCGUCUACAAAUAUACCGUUUGGGGUACACUCUCUGACUGUUUGUUAUACAUGCUUCGACGAGCAGAGGAGAACAGCGACGCUGUGACGCGGAGUCGUGCGACCGCAAUGGCUGUGCUGAAGGAGAUUCUGAGAAGACCGUUGUUGCUUUAG